AUGGAUUCUCAUCAUCCAUUAAGUCACCAGUUCGAUACACUUUUGAAUGACUCAGAGGGCGUCCGACAAUUCCACAAAUUUCUUUCGUCAUCUUUUUCGUCUGGUCAUCUGUUAGACUUUUGGUUUGCUUGUAAGGGAUUCCGUUCAAUCGUAGAUGGUGAUGAUCAACUCAAACUCCUCCAAGUUGCAAAGGCCAUUUAUCGGACUUACAUUAAAACUGAUGCGGCUUUAUCUGUUCCUGUAAAUGAUUCAACGAAACGAGAAAUCCGUUCCACUCUGAGUGCGUUUUCUCAAUCAUAUCACAAUUCGAUAAGCGGAGACAAGUGCUCUCCAGUCCUGCGCUCACUUUUCGAUGCUGCUCAAGCGGAUAUACAGAAUCUCCUCGCGCGCAGUUACUUCUUGGAAUUCCUACAGUCCGACUCCUUCAGAAUGAUUCAUCAGUCCCUUUCGGUGUUAGAAUGUAAUGCUGCUCUUCCAGGAAAAUCAAAUCAUGGAUGUUGUGAUCAGUCAGACAAUGCCAAACGAGGGAAUUUUUUCAACGGUAAUCCACAACAGCCCACGGCACAAUCGGGUAGCGGGGAAGGCGUCUCUCUUCCUGCAGCAGACCCCACUGACCUGAACCCAGCAUCGUGUAUCAUGGAACAAUGCGAUGCUGGAGGCGGUGGACCUAUCACGCAUACCAAAGCCUCAGCCGGUGGCACUACUUCCUCUGACAAGAGCCGACGCACUACUGCGGAGUCUGGGGGCGCUCGAGAAAUGGUAACGGCUUCUGAACUCAUCGCCUACAUGAGCCCUACUGGGGCUGGCAAUGCUGCUGCCAGUAGUGGUGCUGAUCAUAGUCUCCCUGGUGCUCCUCCCUCAUCCAAACCUCCUCCACCUACAACAGCGGCGCCUGUCAUCGAGACUACAACCCGCAAACCUGGCACAAACCUUGCUGAGGUUGACCCCAGCGCCUUUGCACAGACCCUGAGUCAUCGACUUGAAAAGGUCAAGGAGUCUCGUGGAAAAAUGGAGCGCCUUCUCUCUCGCAUGCAACCGUUUGAUCCAGAAGAGGCUGGAGGUGAGGACGCGGAGCUAGCCUCAAUCCACGCUGAGGUCAACAAACCGCCCUCUCCACCGCUUCCAACUCGUUCCACUCGCCUCUCCUCGAUUUCUCGUCGCGCUACCUCGGCUGCAAGCGGUGAUCUGCUGCGCAAGAAACUCUCCGCUCUCCUGCCCCCAUCCGGUUCGGGUGUGGCUGUGCCCUCUGCGGACGACGCACAGGUCAUUCUGGAGGAUCACUGUUCGCGCAUCUGGACGGACGAACGACGCGGCCAGCCGCUCAACGUCUGUCGUAAAAGCGGUCGUCGUUCCGAUGUCUACUCCAUUUCCUCCUUCGACAGUGGUGUGGGCACUUGUGGUGGCGGUGGUGGUGGCUUGAACAGCUCCGACUCGGAGUCCUGCGUUAGCCGUGGUGGCGCCUUUCACCAUCACCAUCAUCAACAGCAGCACUGCAGAUGGAAUUAUGCACCACCUCCACCACUUCCGAUGUGCUCCUUCUGUCGACGCACGCCCUCCAUGAGCUCAACCCCUGGAGCUCAUCGCAAGGAAGUUGUGAGCAGUAGCAGCAACUACCGGUGGGGUAUGCAGUACCAACGGAUGCAGCAGUACCUCCACAGUCACAGCCAUCACUACAAUUUGGAGGAGGGCGACUGCUGCGGUGGUGGAAGGGCCUUGCGAAGCAGGAGCUUGACAUCCGACUCGCCCAGUGUAUUUGAUUCAGGCCUCUCCUCCACGUAUGAUCACUUACCUCCGCCUCGUCGAUCUAGACACGAUGAGCACAAGCUGGUGGCACAAGCUGUCGACGAUGCUACGCCGACGUUUGGCGGACGUAUGACGCCUCUGCCGGAUGAACUGAAUCGCUUGUUGGGUGACUGUGACGCUGAGAGAAAUGCCACUCCUGCUGCCCUCACAACCAAUCUCGAUCUCCUCAACUCCAAUUACCGUCCCCCUCAGCCACCUCCUGCCAGAUCGGAUAGGCAAAAGUUUGCUCAGCAGAGCGGCGGAGCUGCUGCGACAACGACGCGAUGCACGGAUAGCGCGCUGAUCAAGAGGGCACCGGGCUUCUCCGCACUCCCGCCACCGUCCAAUCAACAGGCACAGCAGCCACAGGCCUCUGCGACAACCGCCUUCAGUUUGGUGGUGGGCUACUACCUCUGUGAUGACCCCGUGCCCUACCGCACCGUCUGGACCGGUCCUCUCACCUCUGACGCCACCGCUACUUCCAACAACCCUCCUUCCAUCACCCUGGGACAGUUCAAACAAUUAGUCGCCAAGAGAGGGGUCUAUCGGUACUUUUUCAAGACGGCUAGUGACGAUUUUGGCACAGGCUGCGUGCACGAAGAGGUGGGCGAUGACAACGCAAUUCUGCCGCUGUGGGAGGGGAAGGUGAUUGCUCGUGUCGAACGCGCUGAUUGA